UGUAUACAAACAAAAAUAAAAAUCUUCCCUUUUCUGUGAAUAGAGACGAAAAGGGUGUCAUCUGGUCCUCCCUCCUCUCAGCAUAAUCAGACGAAUAACGCCCAGAAUCCUCUUCUUUCUCUUUAACCCAAAUACAGGAAAAGAGAGAAACAAGAGGAUCAGUAGAAGGCUUCUAUAGAGAGAGAGAGAGAGAGAGAUGGAAUCCUCCCGUAAUGGGGUCAAUUUCAGGGGCCUCCAAGAGGACUCAAUCGUGGACCCUUUCCUGGUCGAGGCCCUCCACAAUCCUCGCCACCGUCUUACCAAUCAGUAUCUUGUAUCUGUUUCUCAUUAAUUUUCUAAAAUCUCUGACUACCAAACCCUAAUUUAGUAUGGGAUUUAAUUGUUGUUACUAUUUUUGUUUACCCAAUUUGGGAUUUCCUGGUGUUAGGUUUUAUGUGCUGCUUCUUAUGAUUCUUUUGGUCUUGGGUUGGAGAAGUUAUGGGAUGUUGUUUGCAGUUAUCUGAGAUCUGAGUGUUUUAGGAACUACUUUUUUUUUGGUUGCUGGGGAAUCGAGGUUUUGCAGAUGGAACAUGAUAUUCAAAGGUUUCUAGAUAAUCUUGAUCACCAGUAAUUUGAGUUCCAAUAUUUCCCGACCUGCUACCUUCGACUUGCUGCACACCGUGUUUCUCAUCUCUAUGGUCAAGGAAAUAAGAUUAUGGUUAGGAAAACAGCAGAAAGCAAGUACCCAACUAUUCAGCUAUCAGAAAUACCUGUGAAGCAGUUUGAAAAUGAUAAACCUGAGCAGAUUAAAAUUGUCCUCAAGCCUAGGCUUAAUAAAACCAAUGCGACUGAAAAUAAUGGAGCUGGGAUGAAAAGAAUUCCUGUUAGAAGUGUAGAAGAGAGGAAGGAGGAGUAUGAUAAGGCGCGUGCUCAUAUCUUUAUCAGUUCUAGCAGUCUUGACUUGAGCGAUACAUCGUUUCAGGUCCCAACUGAUGGUAAAAAUGCAUCUUUAAGCAAGGAUGAGAAUGAAAGUUUCAGGAACUCCAUGAUUGAUCCAGAAAAGAAUUUAGACAUAAAUGAUCUUUGUACUUCAUCUCGAGUUGUCAUAUUCAGAGAUAGGGAAAAAGACCGUACUGACCCAGAUUAUGAUCGCAGUUAUGAGAGGUAUGUGAAGAGUCUUCCUGCCAAUCAGAGGUUUAACGUGACACCUUCCAGUAUGCAAAAGUUCCAACCUCAAUUUUUGCAGUAUAAAGUUGGUUUGUCACAAAUGCCAAGGACUUUGCCUUCAAUUAGCUAUGGGGCACCAUCAACCCUAGCCAUGAGCCCUUUUUGUGCCAUGGGAUCGAGUCAGACAUCUAGAGAAGCUACAUACAUUCAGUGGCCAAAUGCUGCAAUGAUGUAUGCACAUCCGUAUGAUCAGUUUAGACAAGCUGUUAUCCAGGAGCUUGAUCAUGCCACACUACACUAUGAUCAGCCUCAUAUGCUAUGGCAGCAAGUCGAUGUGCCACCUUGUUACCGGACCUAGAUACAUGAGUGAUUCGAACAUUGUGCAAAAUCUCUAAACUGCCUCGAAUAUCAUCGAUGAUACCAGCUUCGGCAAUAUGCAAGGCCUGCAGAUCAGCAAUGUCAGCCACUGCUUCAAGGCAGUCCGACUCCACAAGAACAUGUUCAGCUUGCAAGUCUUGCAGUAGCUUCAAGCCAUCUCUGAUGGCAAUCAGUUCCGUAUGCUUAGCCGAGGCUACUGAAGUAACAUGGUUUGCAAAGGCUGCUUUAAAACCACCUGUACCAUCUCUAAGUACACCUCCAGUACCACCAUGAGUUAGGCUUGGUAAGAAGCUUCCAUCCACAUUGAGCUUCCAUUAGCCAUCAGGUGCAGGUAUCCAGGAGGUCUUAGCUCGAACUGUUGGCUUCUUUUCCACUUGCCUAGCUUUGCAGAAUUCAUCAAUCCAGGCCAAUGAACUUAACUCAUGUGCAGAAUUCAUCAACACAUGUGCAGGUUGACAAGUAUCAUUCCAAAGCUUGUCAUUCCUGUUCUUCCACAGAGACCAUAGAACCAUCAUAAGCUUCUCAAACAUGUUUUGCUGCAGAUUCAAUGCGUGGUCUAACAUCCACUCUCUAAAAUCAAUAUUUGGUAGCAAGCUGUUGCCUAAAUUAAAAGGUGGGGCUGUAAGUAUCGAAACUGCAACUGGACACUUGCAAAAGACAUGAGAAUUGUCUUCAUAUUGAUAUGCACACAGUAGACAAUGUAGAUCCCCCGUGUAACCUUUAGAGCAUAAUUUUGCUCUAGUAGGUAACAGAUCACAACAUGCUCUCCAAAUGCAGAUUUUUACCUUACCUGG